GGGGGAGACGACAGGAAAUCUUGACUGGGAUGUAAUGGAGUAGGACCACUGGAAGCUCGGGCGAGAGGGGGGGAGACACAUUUCUAUUUUAUAAUGUUACCGUGAAAAUGUUGUGAUUUGAUAAGCGUGCGCCAUGAAUCUGUCGUUCGAGGAAAAUCGGGAAUUAAGCUAACAUUCCAGGUGAGUGCUCUUUUAUUCAAAUCCAGGUGGAAAGUGUCGCUACCACAGCUCGCCUCCUGGCAACGGGCACACGCGGGUCCUCCUCCCGGGGACAUCUCACUCCGGUAUCCGUUCUUCUUCGCCUCUGUCCCCGAAGGCUGGCUAGCAAACCCACGUCGUGUCUGGCCUGGCAGACAGUGAGCACCUUUUCGAGCGUGAAUGCCGAAUUUUUCCAGCGCACCGAAAGCGGAUUAUUCACGAUGUUUUCAGCGUGGUGUAAAACCCGCGGAGAAAUAUUGGUUUUUACCCCAUUAUACUGGAGGACCGCCCGUGCUUGGUGAAAAUGAAAAAAGGAUACACUGCCGCAUGCAUGUUGUGCAUUCUUCGGGAGUACUACACCGCUGGUAUUGUAUUUGCUUUAUCAGAAAUGUUUGUGAUAUGAUUUAUAAACGCGUAGGGAGAUUAUAGGCCUCGGCUGGUGAUUGUGUCGGCCAGCCCUAUCAUCUGCCGAGCGAUUUAAUUGUUACAUUGUUAACGGAGCUAGCAGAACUUGAAAAUGAACGUUUGCCCAAGGAGGGCCCGCAUUCUUUAUCCACAGACAAAGCCCUCAAAUGAAUCUCAUUUUGUUGUGUGUGUGAGUGAGUGAGUGAGUGUGUGUUUUUAUUUGUGUGCUUGUGGCCGGCCGACGUCGUUGUUCUCACUCUCCGCCGCCGUCCAGUGCCUCCCUCUUCGGGGAAGACUUUGUUUGCGCUGGCCGACGCUCCAUGAAUGCAAGUGCUGAAGUCCUCCCUUCCCCCCCACUUCUCUGGCGAAACAGGAACAACUUCUUUUAGGAAAAAGAAAAAAAGUUCCUGGAGUUUCAAGCGCCAUGGAAUUACUUUGUCCGCCAAGAGUAGUCCAGUGAGGCGCUGAGAUUUCAUAAGGGGGGAAGUCUAAGUCUCUGUAGUUGUUGUGUGCUUUACGUUCAUUUGCAGAGUUUUGAGCUUUGUGGAUGUCGGUGUAUAUUUUAGGACGACUUCCUCGAGUAGGCCCGUUUUUGAGUAACUUGUGUACCAUUGUGCAGUCUUAUUCUGGUGAAGACUAGAGAGCUAAACAUGGCAAAGAAUGUGUUCACUGUUUUAAGGUUUUCCUUUUUUUCAAAACUUGACUUGUUACUGAAAAAAGCCCCAAUCCUGCUGUACAAAGAGUGUUUGGUGAACACCAUGUGAUAAAUGAAGCCUCUACUUUUUACCUUUCAAUUAGUAGUUAUUCUCAAGUAAUUUAUUUCCCACCUUAUUAGAUAAUCAAAAAAUACCAUCUAAUUGAAUCCAUGCUGGUUUUGAUAGUUUGUGCCUUGUUGCUGAUGCUGCUAUCCACAGCUAGUUCUCACCUGGCAGGUAGGGGGUCCAAGUAUACCUGUUAGUUGCAAACCCUGAACUGCAAAUCUCCCUCUUACAGGAGUCUGGUCUCUCCAAUUGCUAGGCAACAAUGCUGUCUGCAUUGAGUGUUUAUCUAUUGCAUAGUCUAAAGGCUGCUUCAUAUUUAUCUAUCCUAUGGCCACUACUUCUGCCCUGUUUUAUUUUAAUUUAAGGAGAAGUGAAAAUGCCCCCACGGCUAUUAUUAUAGAGGGAAAAAAACCUUAACAUUGAGUAUCAUACAGUCUUGAGGUCCCUUAUGUGCACACUGGUCGAUAACUGAAGUCUAAAUGAGUGUCUGGGUUAAAAAGGCCAGUACACACUGUUACUGUAGCCCCUAAUGACCUAAGCUUUGCACUGGUUAUGUGUUUGCAACAUGUGGAUCUUGUUAACAUGAGUGGCUGAGUGCUUUUUCUUGCCGUUUUGCUUGUUUGUGUUUCGCUCGAUGACCAAAGUUCUCCCCCUCUGUUCCAGGUGUGAAUGACUUGUGGCUGUAGGGUGUCGUGAGUGGGCCAGGUUCCUUCACAGCCUCCGUGGCUGACUGGGAGGAGUCAAGUGGAGAGCAGACAUCAGUGCCCAGGGGACCUGAGACCUGGUUCUCCAUAUGAGGCCCUGCUGAAAGGGCAGGGGGGCUUCUGAGGUAACCCAGCUCAAUCCUUAACUCUCUUUUUUUGUCUUUGACACAUCUCAUCACACCGUUUCUCUCAGACAUCUACACAUUCAUAGCUUGCUGCUUGCACGUAUCAAAACUGCUGUCAUCAUUUAUUGCCUUUGUGAGCAUUACUAUGGAAAUGCUGAGAGACAACUACAGUAAGCUAUGACGAUCCAUAAGAGCUGUGUCUAUAAUCACUCCUUGGCUGUGUUCCAAUACUGCCAAACUAUACUACUAUAAUAGAUUUAGAACGUCCCUAUACAUGCAAGUCAAAUCUAGCAUGCCAUAAAUAGGAUGUCCUAUCACUUCCUGUCAUAUAUUGCAACAUGCAACAACUUAAAUUUUACUACCCUGACCCUGCCCCUUUGCAAAGUCGAAGAUAUGCCUCACCGGGCAAACUUGGAGAAUGUGUGUCUCUAAUGCCAUCAGUAUUUUUAUGAUAUUCGAAUUUGGAUCGUGGGCAAAAACAGAUGUAUAAGCAAUUAGGUCAAAGUUCAAGGCUUGAUGUUAUGAUAGCCAGUAUGUCAGACUUGUAUGCAUACCGCAUGCAAAGUAUCUACUUUGUAAAAAGUAGUGGUUUGUGUCAGAUUUAAAAGAAGCUGCCUGAUUCAGAUCGUUUUUAGAGGGUCUGAAUUCUUUUAAGAAGUCAAAUUCUGCCCCUUAUAGCCCCCUACCUAGAUCCACACAUCGUUUAAAAGCAGCAUCCAUGGUGAGGGUGUACCCAUACUGAAGAGUCUGGUUGGGAACAGAAACUAGCUUGGUACAUUGAGGAUAUGGUACAGGACACCUUGAUAACCUUUUACACUUAAAAUAAUAAAGAAAAAAAAAAAACAGGAAAACAGAAUAAUGCAGCGUCUGAAACUGACAUUCGCUUAAUCGAGGCAGACUUGCGUUCGUCUGUCAAAUUUCAGAGUAUACAUUCAAACCAGAAUAGUUUAUAAUUGUCUGACUAUUCUGAGUUUCUUCAGCUUUUUCCUUUGCUUUCUGCAUGACAGAGCUUCACAGGGAUGAGCUGACAAAGACGCACACACACACGCACGUAAAUACCAUACGUCACUGUUUGCUGCACUGGACAUCAGUUACUCUGAUAAAACUGGGUUUCCAGGCUCAGGACUUAAAGACAGGGUCACCGACUCCAGGUCCAUUUUAGUUUAGUUUUUUUUCAGCUCUGCUCAAGGCUUGAUAUGUAUUUUGUUCCUGAGAGAUGACGUGAUCUAUGCUCAGUUAAUGAGUGCAGCCUCUGCUCAUUCUGCUUGUCCCUCUCCUCGCUGUGACAGAAACACUGCGAUGAUCACAGGUAACCGCUGAUCAAGCUCUGAGCAGAAAACGUAUCACAGAAAAUAAGAAUCAAAAUUCACUAAGUCGUGAGGUGAUACGCUGAGAAAUCCUUACAUGAAGGGCUGCACAUGCUGUGCGUAUGGUGUGCUUUCAUUUUCAGGUCAGUGUGGGGACCUUGGAUUUGAAUUACCUUUAGUUCUGCACGUAUUUAGGUUAGUACGCAUGUGCACCACACCGGAAUACAAAUAUGUGCACUUUUACGCCUCUGCUCCUCCACACUUUCUACUAUGAAUCCCACAAAUGCAGAGUAACAUAUUUCACUGAUGCUAAAAUAUGUAAUGUCACACAACACUUGAGAGAAAAUCGUAAAUGUCUGAAAUUCAAGUUACAUAUUUAGUGAGCUGUUUUUCUCUUGAAGGGAUCAGUGAGUGAGAGGUUGUGAUUUAUGAUUCCAUGUCAUAAAUUACCAGCUAAGCAAGUUUUUGUUUUCCCUCAAAUUUGACCUAGAAGUAAGGAAAAAGACGGAGAAUAUGAAAUGCUGCCUUCAUGCCCUUUUAUUUUGUCCGGUAUUUUUAACUUCCGUCAUUUCCUGUUUCUCAAACUUAAGACUAACUUUAGUUUUAUUGUCAAGAAGGCGGCAAACACUGGAAGACACUCUGGUGCCAAAACUUGAUAGCUGAACACUGCUCUGAUGCAGAAUUAGUCACUAUCUCCUCUUUGACAUUUAUCUGUAUUAGUGCUGUGUUGAUUGGUGCAUUGUGAUGAGAGAGGCCUUGAGUCCCCCCCCACCCUCCUCCACAUCCUCUCUUGAUGUUUAGCUGAAAGGGCUGCUCUGCUUUGGACUAUCAGUGCGAUGUUUGGUCGGAUUCUCUGAUCUGCACAUACUGAGGACACGACUCGAUUAGAGCUCUGGUCCUGAGAACACUGUCCACACUGUUUAUUUAUCUGCUAUCUAAUCCGGAGCGUGUUAACCAAAAACCACAGCGAGGUGAAGGACACACGGAAAUGGAUAUUGAUGUGAAGUGGAAAAGGAUUUAUUUUCCCCUCUGUGGAUUGGCUCCUCAUGUUUCCGAGCAUUUGUUUGCUUCAUGGGUUUUCUAAUUAAAACUCGCAAGGCGUGUGUUGUGUAUGACAUGGAGAGAUGACAUAGUGUUGGGGAGGGGGGCGGUUGUCUCAUCAUCUUUGUAGUGGGUAGCAGGAGCUCCCCUCUCUACUUCAUCCAGUUGGUUAGACCCAAGAGUGUCUGCUUUUUUUUUUCUUUAAAUUUUAUUUAUCCUCACUCUUUGGCCUCUGUCUGAUCUGUCAUUUAGCAGAAUGAAGCAUUAUUUACAUUUAGCAGAAAAUGCUUCAGUUUCCCAUUUAUCAACUUCUACUUAAAACUUCCCAGUUAAUUAGGGAUUUAAGUUCGUCUGCCGACUGACUCUUACAAUCGUCAGACAUUCACAGUAUGGUAAUUAUAUAUUAUCCUCGAGAGAGAACUGUGAGGUUUCAAACAUUGUUGGCCCACAGAUUAACACUCAGCCCUCCUAUGAAGGUUACAAAAACGCUGAACUACCGGUGUAAUGUAAGGAAAACUCAAACACUAACACAAAAUUGUCAUUACAGUCUAGCUUCAUGAUUCUGACAACAUCCAAAAUAUGCUAGUUUAUUAAAAAAAGGAACAGAAAUCCCAAUUUUCUCAGAUUUUGAUGGACUUCUUUCCUAGUUUAUUGAUACUUAAAUUUCAUAGAGGACAUUUUUCAUUUAUUGGCUUGUUUAACACAUAAAAAAUAUCUGUAAUAUUCCACAAUAAUGGGCUGAUUUGAACUUUGACUGUGCCAAUUGUCCUGUCUUGCUAUUCAGUAGUCAUCUGAUACAUUUGGUUGGUAUCAGUUCACACAGCAACUAAUUCAAUGAAUGAAGUAUCUGACUAUUUGCCAAACGUCAUCAGUCCACCGCUUUGGUGAAAUUGUGACCACACAGUUCAUCACAAACUCAAUCAGGGUCAGUCUUACAAAUAAGUAAGAGAGGUAGAGAGAAUUUAAUUCAGAAGGAAAGGAAAGGUACUUUUUGAGCCCCGUUACCACGAGUUUAGGAUCAGAUUUAGUAUUUAGAGAAAGGGACAGACACAGGGAGAGAACUCCCGUGAAUCCCUUCACGUAAUCAUUUUUCCUGCUUUCAAGGAGGGCUAGUCAACAAAGUUCAGAUGAUUUUUAUGAUCACUGAAAAUAGAAAACUCAAAGAGAUCAUGAAAAUUGGGAGGUUAUACGCAAAUUUACAAAGUUUACUCAAAGUUCUGAUGGAUGGAAAUUUAUAUGGCGGUGAUAAGGUCAUAAGGGGACUCAGGUGUCCUUCAAGCUCUCAAACCGUCGGUACAAGAAUAAGAGCAUCAGCUGUAUUCCUCAUUUACUCAUUUGACAAAUAUGAACCAGUUAGAAAAAAAAAUGAUUAACUGAAAUAAUACGAGCCAUGAAGCACUAAGGGGAAUAAUGGAAAAGUGUUUUAAGAAAGGUUGCUUCUUGUAUUGUAUUUUACAGCUUGGUGUUUUUUUCUCUGACAGUUUCACAUCUAAAAGUGUUUUUUUUUUUCCUUUUUUGUGCGUAGGAGGUCUCAGUUUUUCUAUGUGGUGGGGUUGUUGCUCGUUCAGGAUCCUCAGGGAAGUGUCUGGCUGAGUCAGAAUGCACCUAUAAUUCUUCUUUCAUGUUCCUCUGCUGUGAUUGACAGUUAUUGUACAGACAGGCUGCCCCUUCUGCCCGGAGGGGAGGGGUCCUCUCCAACAAAGCUGCCCUCAGGUGGAACCUGGGGGCGGCAGUGACCCGCAGUCAACUCAGCUAACCAUGUUUUAAAGCUGCCAGCCAGGCGGAGGUCCUGCUCAUCUAGAAGAUUGACUGUUGUCGCCAGUUAGUGUUGUUUACUGUAGCACUGUGACACAAUUCUUACCUGGAGAGGUUUGGAGUGCAACAUGUAUUUAAUUUUUACUGUAAAUUUACAAGUCAGUUAUACAGACAGAAGCUCUGAACAACGAUGGUCUGUCCCGCAAAACCAGCUUAAGAAAGAUAAUAGUUGAGAUUUUAUCUACUGCGUCAUAUUUGACAAAAAAGUUAAAAGAUCUGUGUUUUCUCGAUAGCCUUAACUUUUAGUUCCCUGUUGCUGACAUUGACAUGAGGGCAGAUAAUUUCACACUUUUUAAGACAUGAUAUGAUUUUCUUUUAUACACACCUGAUGAUAAAGGAUAAGAUGUAGAGAGCAAAAGCUGCUGAGAGGAACUGUUCCUUUAACUCCUUCCUAUGAAACUUGACAGAAACGUGCACGUGGGAUGACGUGUUAUUGAAGUGUUGUUAAUGAAGUCAGUGUUUCCUCGAUUGAUUUCAGUCACAGACUAAAAACAUACAUUUUCAUGCAUCUAUUUUUGUCCUCGUAGUUUUCCCAAAGGAAGUGAAUGACUGAGAUUUCCCUGUUUUUUUAAAUGAACCAUAAAACCUGCUGCAUGUGACUCAAGUCAUAGAGCUUGCUUGUAAUCCAGAAUCAGUUUAAAUCUAAUGGAAUUAGCCAGAAGUAAAGCAUGCAUCAACAGCAUCAAUUCGAACUAAUCAAAAGUUCUUUGACUGCUCACUCUGGGGAAAUAGGGGGGAGCUACUUCAGGGCUAAAUCUGUCCGGUUUUAUGUUGGACUUCUCAUAAAUGAAGCUGUGUGUGUGUCCUCGUAGAUGAGCAGGGCUGAAAAUGUCAACCACUUCAUCUCCUCUCUACAGACCUUUCUGUUUUCAACAACUGUGCACCUAAUUGUUGGUAGGGUUUGGCAUCUUUAUUAAAUCUAAAGUAGUUACAAACCUAAAUUGGCGGUUUAGGACCCGGUCUAGGAGUCUAGAAAUUGAGGAUGCUGUUUUUGCAGAUUUAAGCAUUUUUACAAUCCCAUCGAAUCCUGGUAGAAAGGGAAAACCUCCUAUUCUCAAACUUGAAGCUUAUUUCCACAGUGAUAGGGGUGCUGAGAUCUUAAAAGCUGCUGUAGUUUGAACCAAAUCAUGCGUAUCUAACAUCAAAAUGUGACGAGAUGUUACUAACUCACAAAGAUCACAUUUAUGCAAUGUAACCAGAUUUGCCCCUUAUAAUACAUUAUGUGCAUGUGCAUCCUUGUUGGAGUAUUUCUCACUGAGAAAUACAAUAGAAUAGAACUAAACAUGAUACCUAAAUUUGUGCAUAAAUACACCAGCUGAUAAACUUUCAGACACUGUCACAAAAGAGUUUUGCCAUCCCGGCUCAAAUGCAUCAUGAUUGAUGGAAACCGAAUCAGGAAUUUUCAUCGGUUCCAUUUUUGUAGUUCUUUUGGAAACAAAAACUACAAAUGAUAAAUGGGUUGAUUCGGUGAAUAUUGGAUUUUCUUUAAGAUGCACUACUCCACUUUCUUACUAAUCACCUUGCUGUGUGAAAUACUUAAUUCUGUUUGUUCAAACCCCCCUGACCACACUUAUCAACUCUGACUAACAAAAGCAACUCUAGAGACAAACCUCAUCACACACCUGGUGUCAAAUCACUCCACAGAAAAAGAGUUCCUGCACAUUUUACUUCUGCUUGUUGACUCUCAACAAGAGUAUAAGUUGCUGUCAGCAGCGUGUAGGUUAGCAUUGUGGCAAAAAUGUUAAUUUCUACUUCUAAACACCACAGAUAUUUUAAUGUUGAAUCCGGUUCUGCAAUUCAGACAGCGCUAGAAGUUAAAUUUUAAGGUGUGUCAACUAUGAAGCUCAGAGCUGGAUAAGGACAAAAGUCAACAUUUAUAUUCUUGCAGAACACCAGCUCACCUUGUCGAACUUAACUUUUGAAUGAAAAUGUUGACUUUAAUGUGAAUCAUAACAAAAAACAGGGCUAAUGUUUGGAUGUGAAAUGUUAAGUGUAGUGUUCACUCAACCCGCUACAGGUAGUAGAUAUGAAACCGUUGCCAUGGGACUACUUUUAAAGCUGUGUAAAAAAAACAUUUGAAAUCAAGGAAAUCCUCUUUGAAUCAAUCAAUAUUCAGUGCCAGCGUGUUUGCACCUUAAGUUGGUCAUGUAAAGUAAGUGGCUGGUUAUGCGAAACAGACUUCUUUCCAGGGUGGACGGAUCCCCUGUGAGUUGUAGCUUUUGUAGUUUCAAGUUGAUUGAAGCCUCCACCACUUCUUUUGGCUGACUAAACUAAAACUGUAUGAACUUUUUUCACUCACAUGUCUGCGCUUGUCUGAACCUAAUCGAACUCAAAUAUCCUGUAACAAAAUCCACAUAGUAGAAGUGACUGUUUCGUGAAGUAGGGUGAUAAACAUGAAGGCAUCUCAGGUGAAUCUCAUCAAAGCCAGCCAAAUGAAGUACUGAGGUGUGUUUGGUGUCUGUUGGGAAAAAAUCAUUUCCUUCUUUGUGAGUGUCUUUUUAAAUUACGUAAGCCUUGACCUGCUGAUUGUUUUUGGCAGGGCUUGUUUUGUUUUCACACACCUGUCAAAGUUCAUGUCAUUGUUUUAAGACUGUGAUGUCCAUAAUAGAGCCGCACAUUAGUUUGGAGUCGCUCCUAAACUCAUGUUUGUUUUUGCACAGUGUGGAGUAAUUGAAGCUGCUUGCUUUGCUUGCAUUCGAGGAGAGUGCAUUUGUGUUUGGCACUUCUUAUAUCAUCAGUUUUGCCCACACUGACUGCGAUGAAGACACAGUUAUAUACCUCCAACAUGUCGAGCUAAACAAUUUGAUUCUGGGGUCAUAAUUAUACUAUAUAAAAAAAGAGUGUAACAACAAAGAGAGAGUGCGAACACCGUGCGCUUCUCUUGCCUGGAAAUAAACGCUGAUUAGAGGCAGAGUGGAAGUUCAUUGUGUCUCUUUUAUCAGGAUUAAUUGGCAGAUUACAUUUAAAGCCAAUUUACCUGGUUUUCUUUGGGUGUUACACUGCAUCCCUUAGACAUUUAACCAUGUGGAUGACAGCGGAGGAGGCGCUUCUUGUUAAAGGCGAUUCAUGCUCUUAGCAGAACAGAGGACCAGACAGAAAUGCGCACCAGUAAGCAGACUGGGACUCAUGGGAGCAGAAGAUGCCAUAAACUCGCAGCCCCGUCUUCAGUGAAUCCCAGACAUUAUAAGGACAGCUAAGUGCUGCAGCAUGUGGGCACUUCUAUGUGCAAUGGCAUGAGUAUGCGCACGUACAGUAUAUUGCUCUCUGCCUGUAUAUUUAAUUGGGCAGGUCUUAGCCAGUGUGUUUAAAAUUCCAUGGGAAUGACACAUGAGUUGCAAUCUGGGGUAAUUCAGGGACACAAUCUGGCUCAUAUUCUCUCUCCACUGCUAAUUUAGUCGGAGGAUCCUGCAGCAGAGAAGGCACAUGUAUUGUGUUCUGCUUUAGGUAGAACAUGUUUCUACCUGUUUGUAGUCCUGCCAGGUCAGUACAGAUGCCUGAGCUGUGUCACAUGGUCUGACAGGUUGAGGUGUCACUCUGUUUCUGUUGGGUGCUGAUUGGUAACGCACAAAGAGGAUAUAUGGAGGAAUAUUUUAGAGCAUAUUUGACAUUUAAAUCCUUUCCGCCCUGAUGUUCUUGGAGCGAUAAAUUGAGGUUUCGCACAGCGUGGGUUCGACUGACUCUUGCUUCAAAUGUGGAUAGCUGAUAUUUCUGUGCCGUUUGUUGUGAGGCCCCAAAUCAAGACCUUAACGACAGUCAUGUGCGAGUGUCUUUUACUUGUGGUUACUGCGUAUUAUGUUUGCAAGUUGCAUGCAAGGAGAGCCUUCCACCAGCAAGCACAGGAACGCAAGCCUUCUCUACGCUUUACCACAAUGGUCUGUACGGCCUCUGGAGGGCCUGGCUGUUGGGAUUUCCCACAAUGCUUUUAGCCACAGGGAGACGUCCUCCCAGCAUGAGCAAGGGAGGAAUGUGGCCUGAGUGUGGGAGCGACCGUCGGGAUGGAGGGAGGGAGUCACGGACCAGAGAGCAUGGUCAAGAGAAGGGAGGAAAGAAGGGGUCUACACAGAGGGCAGCAGAGUUUCUUUCAAGCAAAGGGAGUCUCUGCCCAGCGUUUUAUUUGAGCCACAAAACUACUGGAGUUUGGCAUUUGCAUUUUUGUUGUCUGUGCAUGCAUUUAAACACGUAGAGUGUCUCAUACUCACUGCAGUGACUGUUUCAGUGGUUCAGUGAUUUCAGAGCAGUGCUACUGCCUUUGUUCCAAGUUUCAGUGCUUUCAACCACAAGGAAGUGCCCUCUUACUCAUGGGUUCAGAUUUUUUCAUCUUUUGGAAAGCCUUUCUUUUAUCUGGUAUGACUUAAUUUAUGUAAAAGAAUAAAAAAGAGGCCUCCAAAAGUGAGUGAGUGAUCAGGGAACAGUUAAGACUGGAUCAAGAGUACAGUAGACCUCAGCAUACCCUAAAAAGAGAGCUCCUCAGACUGUUAUUUUCUAGGACCUGAGAUACAUGAUGCUAUUAGUCAUGGAGGAGACUAAAUCAGGAACCAUAUUCUGACAUGAUUGUGAAACCGUUCAUAACAUUAUAGCUCCUUUUCUGCUGUUCGAUACGAACAAAAUCAGACUUUCACCAGGAUCCUUUCAUUUAAUCGACCUAUUUGUUAAAUAAAUUCAUAUUCAAACUAGAUUUUGUUGAACCUGAACCAAACCUCCUCGCCCAGCUUUGAGUGCAGCCUUGACUCUUGCUUGAUUUUAUACCUUAGUAGACCUUUUUAAGACCUCUCUGGUGACGCAGACGCCUUUUAGCGUGAGCUACAGCUCCCUCAGGCACGCUCACUUUUGCUGGAUAAAAAGUAUAAAAGUGCGGCAGCUACGUUGGUGUGAAGUUUUAAUGCUAAGCUAAAGAUGGCAGGAUUUGACAUGCUGGAGGGUUGUUGUUAGUCUGCUGCACGUACCACAUUUGUCCUUUUUGUGUGUUUUUCAGUGAUUUGAUUUGUGCUUCUCAUUUUCUGCAUCCUUCUAAUGAUCCUUUGGGUGGCUCAUAUGAAUCCAGUGAAACGUUGUAUAACCACUCUUGUGAAAGAGAUUUGUCUUUUAAGUAUGUUUAAGUUGAAAAGUUUCAAAGAAGCUUGCUUUACUGUCCAGUUUUAAGCAUAAUUGAGCCAAAGUGAGGCUCGAUUUUAUGUGUUUUAUGUAAGCAGUUGAUACUGGCACUCCUCUUAUUCGCCGCCAUGCUGUGUCAUGGCACAUUGUUGCCAGUUACUCAGUCUCUUUGUCUCGUAUUGAGCAGAAAGGUGAGCAUGUGGGUGUAGAAGCCAGACACACCCACUUAGCCAGAGAUGCAGAGACAGACGGAAACAGAUCGACAGAGACGGCAGCGCGGGGUGAAUUGUGUGUGUACGACGGAGAUCACAGCAGGCUUGAGUGCUGAGUGCCAGUCCUGCUGCUGGAGCUGGCCGCCACACAUGGCACCGUGCCCAGACUACGCCAGCAGAUGUGUCACUAGUGAGUCAGCUGUGUGUGUGCGCGCGUGUGUCUGAGACACAGACACCCACCCGCUCUCUGUGUGAAGAGGGCGACUUGUGUAAACCCCCCCCUCCCUCCUGGGGGUAUAUCUGUAUCACCCCCUUACCCAUCCUCCUGCUUUGAUUGCGGCUUCCAUCACUGUGACGGACACAGAGAGGCUUCUGUCACCCUGACAUGAUAUGAGGAAAUGUGACAUUACACACAUGUCGCCUCCCUGGGGAUGGAGGAGCAACGUCUGCUGACCACAGGAGAGGAUGAACAGAGGGUGGGGGAAUGACUGUGUGUGAGGGGAAAAACAAACAGGUGAAUGGAUGAGAAUACUUCAUAGACGUAUCAAGCUUUCGUGCUUUAAAGUUCAAUAUGAAUAUUUGUCCUUUUCAGUUUCAACAGAGACGCGUGCUCCGUCGAACCCGUGUGUGUGUGUGUGGGUGUAGCUCACGCUGGAUCACCCUUGUUCCCCGUCACGGUAGAUGCAUUAUGUCAAAUGUUGGAUCAGUGUCGUCACAGCUCUAUGUUUAGUGACACUCGGCAUUCCUCACAUUCUGUAUAUGUACCGAGCGUGAGUCAUGAGCGCUAUCUGCAGGGUGUGGCAUGUGGAGUGCUUUUAAGGAGGCCACCUCAACAGGUGAGCAUACAGGUGGUUAUUUUCCUCUUAGACACACUGGUAUAGAGUGUCUAUAAAAAGUCUCUGCUUAAUGAGCGGAGGAAAUGACGCUUGUUUUUGUACUUUUGUUUUUUUUUGUACUAAGGUAGUGUUUAUCAGCUGUUAGUUACAGCUUUACUAGCAGUCUAACAUGAAUGUGGAGGGACUGGCUGUUCUGAGGAAAGUGGUUGCUGAAAGAAGUUUAGCCAUGAACUUGUUUUAAGUGUCACUGUUUCUCCUGAUUUGUUUCACCUCCUUUUAAACUCAUGAAGAGACCAGCGACGUAACACGAAAAUGAUAUAGAAUGAUACAACAUCUGUUUAUUUCUUUGCUGUAGUUUUGUGUUGUUUUGUGUCUUGGCACAUUCGUGAACAGCUUACACUGCUCAAAAAUCUCCAAAUUUAAUUGUCCUAUUUUGAGAUGACUGAAAACACUGCAACACAAACUCCUCAGGGAAACAGCCAGGAUACUCUAGAUACUCUACUACACUGUCAUCUGUUACACCCACAUCAGCGAAAUUCAUUAGCAAUGCUAACACCAGUGUGCAGGAGAAGUUGGAGGAAGUUAGAAAAAAAAAAACAGUCUGCAGGAUGACUUGACUGCGCUGCUUCUUGUCCUCGUCCUCACAGUGAAAACACUCAUGUUUGCUUUGAGUUAUCAAGCAGAGUAUACACUUUCACCGUGCCAUUGUGGCGUAAUUAUUGGCUGCAGCCGCUUUUUAACACAAGUUAUUUGAUUUGAUUUGUAUGCAUUUGAGACGCAUGCAUGUCGUCGGCUUGUGUGAGAUCUGUUUGAGAGAGCCGUCUGAAAACUCUUGCUGGGCAUACUCGCUUCCUGUGGCGGUGCAUUUUUAAAGUAUUCCCACAGAAAACUGAGAGAAGAGGUCGAGAUAAUGUGCCUGAUGUUACCCUAAACAUAUAAGGGACUGAAAGAAAUCUUUAGAUGGAGCUCAGGCAGACAGAGAGCAUAGGGGAAGCUGGAGAGCAAGGAAGAGAGAGCUAUACUCCAUUGUGACUGAACUGCAAAAUGGGAUUUGCAUAAAUAAGGCUGAAACAUCAGCAGGCCUUUUUUACAGCCAACUGCAGGGCUGAGACGAGGGGAGAGAGUUGUGUGUGUGUGUCUGUGUGUGUUGCACUCCAGUAUGUUUUUCCCCCUUUUUUAGAUAAUCGUCGGAGCAUUGUUGCGUUAAAAUUUAAGCGAGCGGCCUUGGUUGGUAGGAAGGUCAUGGGUCCUCUUCUCUGAUUUAUCCUUAAGGUUUGGACCCCCCCCCCACUCCCCCUCCAUAGAAUAAUACAUACUCCACUGGCAUUAAGCUCCCAUCUCCCCUACAGAGGAAUUUGGGUGACGUAGCAGGGAAGGGUCUACUCUCUACUCUGCGCUCAGCCAGCAUACGACGGCUGUUACAUAAGCAUGAAAUGAAACGCUCCCUUUUAGUGCCACCCGCAUUUGAAACCCCAAAUCUAAUUGAAUUGAACUAUUUUCUGCCCUCUUUUCAUGUGGAACCUCGUAUUUAUAUCAGAGGCAAAAAGCUCAUUUUUAGAGCCUCAUUAUACUGUUUUCCCAUUAACUUGCAUGCACUGCAGCUCCUCAUGUGCGCUGUGAUAGACAGUUCAGCAUCUUUAGCGCAGAUAGAAGAGGAAAAAUCUCUGUGAUUACCUCCACACUGCUUUGUUGUGUGUGUGUUUGUGUGUGUGUGCACGUGCACAGUUGGCUCUAGUGUGCACUCCUGAAGUGGGUUCGUGUGUGGGAGUAUUCUUCAUGACAGCAAGCUCACCAAUUAGUGUCUCGUUAAUGUGUGAUUGGAGAGAAUGGGUGAUUGACAGGUCCUGCUGUUUGUGUCUCUAUGUGUACGUUUACUCACUUUACAUGCAUUUAGGUAUAAUCAGAGAUUAGGUUUGAUAACACCUCCCUGAGGUAAAUAUGACAGACGGGCUGAUUGAGAUGGGAGCCAGGCUCUUUUGAUUGAGUAAAAUAAGAUCAUCCUCGAUGAGCUGCAUACCUUUGUGGACCGUAAAAGCUGAUUGGCCUUCAUGUCUCCUUGAUUCCUGUUUCCUUCUUUUGAGACUAUAGCGUUCAGAUUUUGCAACAGUUUGAAUCCAGAAAUAAGCAACACUUCACGCAAGGUGUGGACAGGUUAUGAAAUUUAGUGUGUUUCUAGAUCCGAUGGUGUCUGAGUGAUCUCCGCCUUGUCAACAUUUUGGGCUCAGUCCAAGUUGUAUGAAGUGUCAGGUCUCUGACCCAACUUCACGAACCACACUGAGCGAUAUUUCAGCAACAAAACAAGAAAACUCCAAGCUCUCCCCUGACAGUUUGUGCAGCUUUUGUUGGUUUAAGAAGAAAGUUCCUCCCUUCUUAAAAUAUAUUUGAUGUUUCCUCUUUUUAAAAUUAUAUUCUGCGGCAUUUUCACUUUUUAGAUAGGGGAACUGAAGAGAGGUCGGAAAUGUGGGUAGCAGAGAGUCGGGGUGAACAUGUAGGAAAGAGACACGGCUGGGAGUUGAACCAGCAACGGCGUCUGUGUGUGGGAUGCCUUGCUAUUUCCCAAAAAGAGUGUUUGCGUAGAGUCUGAAGAUGACAUUUGUUGUUAAAAUUGAUUGAUUUAAAGUGACCUUGGCUGAAGAACCUCAGAUUUAAGUAUAAUGUAGGAACAGGACUUUAGUAUGUGUUUUAAUGCUCACUUCUCUAAUGUGUAUUUAAAGGAUUUUGGAUGUUUGUCCACUUCACCUACUUUUCCUCCAUAUUUUUGUCAUUAUUAAGUGUUUUGGUUUGAAGCAUCUGUCUGCUUGUCUCUUCCACUGUGACUUACAAAAGCCGGUGCUUCUCUUUGAUAAACAAAUCAGAGUCAACAGCAAAAACAAACUGCAUCCCCGUGUUCCCCACUUUUUAAAAAAUCUUGUCCUCCAUCAUUUCACUCCUCAAUAAAAACUUAAAAAAAAAACCCCAGACACUCUGUGUAGAGGGGUUGUGGAAGAGUCGUUGCUUUAAUUGUUUAAUUAUUUUGACAGAAAAUCCAAACAUGUAAGUUGUGCAUUUUUCUGUUGUAAAUAAAUAUGGAGUCAAAUCACAAAUUCAUCGUCAAUAACCAGCCCACUACUUUCCCAGAGAGUGUCCGCUCCUGUGUUUAUUUUUACAUUUUACUAGCAGUCUAAUCCGAGUAGCUGAGAUACACAGACUCCUGCGUGCUCCUCGGUCCCUGUUUAGAAGCCAGCCUCUGCUCGUGUGCAGUAGUGAUCUGUGGCCCCGGUGGUUGUAAAUCUCCUCUCUCGUAGACCAGCGAGAGACGAGUGCUGCUGCUGCUGAAGCAGGAGUCAGUAUAUGUGUCUGGUUCCCAGUAAAGCCCCCCUCCCUCCUCCCCUCAACCCCCCAAACACUCCACCUCCUUCUCCCCAGGGAGACUCUGGAGCCAGUUACAAUGUUGAGUGUUUUGGAAGAGCUCCUAAAUAUUUUCAGGAUGACAAUGUAAUCUGACUGACUGGGCUGCUGUCUCGCGAACAGGAUUCUCAUGCGAUUCCUGUGCUCUCUGAGCAGCACACACACACACACACACACACACACACACACAAACAAACAGAAACACACAGUGAUGGUUUGGACUACAAUCACACCUCUCCAACCUCACCAGAACAUUUAUGAUCGCCAAAGUUUCAGUGUCCUGCUUCUUCUUAGAUAUUUAAUCACGACGUCCAAACCAAAGAAAUCCACAGAAUUAAAGCCUGACCUGAUUUGAGGCUCAUACUCAUUCAGAUGUUACCAUAAGUUUAAGAAAUCAUAAACAAAGAUCAAAUAUGACACUUUUAAUUUAAAGCACAGAGCCAGUUUGACACCAAGUCCUGAAAUUUUGGUUGCAAGAGUAGUUUAAAGCAUAAAAAUGAAUGAAAAUGACUCAAAACAGCUCCCUUUUACUGUAAUAGUUAGAAAAACAUCAAGAAAUCAAUAUAAUUUACUUUAUUUUUACAUUUAUAAUCACAGCACGUCACCCCACAGAUGCCUCAGUGAUGCGUAGCUCUUACAUACUGCUGUUUUAAUGCAGGAAAUUUAGGCCCCUGUCUUAUCUGCCAGGUGUAACACAGGUGCAAUGGUGGGGUGAAGUCUUUCUGCCUUUUGACUUUUCUUUGGAGGUGAAAUGAGGGGAAGGUGGUGCCGCUGUGUAGCAUUAGGAGAUAGCAUGGCAGAACAACGCUGUGUGUUUGUGCAUCGUGCUUACACAGUGUGUUUACGGGGCCACGCCUCUCGUGCUCCAGCAACACAGUAAAGCUACGUGAAGUAACACACAAAGACACAGAUGUGAAAAACGUUUCAGGCUGCAGUGUGUCAAUAUAAAGCUGUCCGGAUUCAGCAGAACUUUUGUAGAAAGAGUUUGUCUCACCUGCAAUAAAAUCACCUAAACAUUCAUGUAGUAAAUCAGACGUUGUCAUCCUGCAACAUGUGCACAAUCCUCCUCCAGCUCUUUCACACUUGGGGCCCGAUUCUAACGCUAGCCAAGUGAAUCAACCUGUGGCUACAGAGGGACUUGUUGUGUCCUCCAGUCGUCAGCCCAGGGGUCGUGUCAAAGUUCUACAGAAGGGUUGUAUAGAGGCACAGGGGUUGUGAGGAGUUUGCAUGUUCCUCUGGGUACUUCAGCUGUCACCCACAUUACAAAGACAUGCUCUUCAGGUUAUUGGUCACACUAAAUGUGACUGCGUCUGGUUGUCAGUCUACUCUCAAUACAGCGGUGUAGAGAAUUGAUAGAUGGAGAUUCAGUAUAAUGCUCUGGGUCAAGCCAGUAAAUGUUUACGAGGACUUGUCAGACUGGACAAACAAAGUUGAAAAGUGUAAACUGAGAUUAAGCUGAGGGAGAGUUUUUUAAAAAUCUGUCUGGAUGCAUUUUGGCUCUCUGCCUUUGCUGAUAUUUGACUUCAACUUAACUCCUAUUUUUAUCAUCAUUCUUCUUAAUAUCUUGCAUACAGCUGAACAAUAAACAUAACUCGCAAAGAACAGGAACAGAGACAAAUAAAACAGCGUAAAAUGAAAGAUACAGUGUGUUGGACUUUUUCUAGGAGUAAUAUACAGGAGUUCUUUGACCAUUUGUAUUGUAUUUAUUGUAUUCAGUACCAUUUGUUAUGUUAUACGGCCAUUCUGAAUCCAAUCCUGCUGACAUGGAUUAAUGCAGAUCUAAAAAAACACCAACCGUUCAAAAUGAGCAGCAUUCAAGCCCACAUUUGUAGGUUUAAUUGAAUUAAAAAUGGGUGUAUUGUGACUUUAAAUAUGUUCUGACUGCUGCCUUUUUUUCCAGUUUUGUUAACACUCUUUUUUUUUCACUCUGCUCUCUCUCAACAGUGUGCCCAAGGGCCGUUGAAAGCCCCCUUGGGGGAGUUUCAUAAAUACACUCCGAACAAGAAAAGGCUCCUGGACUAUUGUUAUUGUUUUUACACACUUUCUCCCACCCCACACACACAUACAUACACAUUUGCACACACAGGCGCACACACCCACACCCAUACACAAGGACAUAAAGAGGAUGUUGGAGGUCCAAGAGGAGAGGCCAGCGGCGGCAGGUACAGCAGCGACACAUUUCAACAAGAAGGAGCGAGGGAAGAAAGAGCGAGAGGAGGCCAAGGACGGUCGAGGAAACCUCUCCAACAUCGGGAAUCCUGUUCCUGGAUCCAGGAACGUGCGCACGAAAGCACCUCUUUCACACACAGGCAGUCCUCACCAGCUCAUCACUCCACCCUGUUCUGUAGUUCUGGGAGCCCCAUCAAUGCACUCCAAUAGGCUAAAGAACUCCCCGUCCACCAACACACAGAGGUGAGUGGACUUACACACCGACAACCUGUGGGUAGUGCAGUUACGCAAGGCUAUAGUGUGUGUUUGUGUGAAGAUGUGAGGUCCUGAUGAUUGUUUCAACAGCCUUAUGAGCUCCACACUGAUCUGUAUGUUGAUUAAAUUUAUGCAUCUAAUUCAAACGUUCUAUAAUCGGCAGCAAACUGCAGAGAGCACAGAAGUAAAAACUUCACCCCCUCCAUGUUAAGCAGAUUGUUUUUAUGGCCGCACAACAUUGUGGUUGUCAGUAAGUGGCUCUAAAUCAAGUUUUCAUCACUGGGAUUGUUCUUAUGUUCUACUAACAGCUGAUGAUUGAAACACUAAGUAGCUUCUGUCCCUCCACAUCAAUUAACAUAAAUAGAAACGAGCUUUUGUCCGGCACAUGAAUGUGUUUGGAGGAAUUAAAGAAUCAUCACACAAUAUCAGGAAUGAAUAAACAUUAGCUGUCAGUGUUUAUUAACAGUUGUGAAGAGGGAGCAGACACAGACCAUUUAAAAACUGUUAAAAACAGGAUGAAGUGGGAAAGAAGCUGUCACAAAUCCACAAUGUAUGGACAGAUUUUCAGUAAAUAUGACAGGACUCUUAUUUGUUUUCCGGCAGCACUGCAGUUUGAGCUUAAGGCAUCUUCUGUCUCGAAUGGAGAUGGUUGUCGCAUGAUCGUUGUACCCCCUAAACUUGUGUUUGCCAUGUUGUGAACUCUCGCGUUUUAUCACUCUAUUUGCAGUCAUUUAUAUUUAGCUGUUACCUCUAUCAUAAGUUACUGGAUGACUCCGUUGAUCGUCUCGUCUCACUGGUAUUUUGCCCUUUGGCUCUCUGAUUGCGUCAGACUCAAGAGUUGUUGUUGAGGGAAGCAUGUGUCCUGGUUUACAGAUUAUGACUCUGGUGGUAGUUUUGCAUCAGUCUUUGAUUCUUUGGAUGGAGUGGUUCCUCGUUGGUGUUUGCAGACCCGGACUUUCUGUCAACCUACCUGGUAGAACUGUGUUAUUCAGAUAGAUGCUUCAUGAGAUUAGGAUUACUAAACUUGCCUUUGACAAAGUUUGCCCUUGGUUGUUCUUGAGUUACAAGUAACAAGGCUUUUAUACAUUUUUUAUGAGUUUGAAAUGUAACGACAUACACCGCUAGUUUCUUGAUGUUGUACUUGAGUUAUAUUAACAUGCAGCUUGGUUACAUUUUAGUCACAACACUGUUUUAAAGGUGCAUAAUAAGUUCCAUUUCAAUUAGUAGAAAAGAUGGUCAGGGGUUGACUGAUCAGGGUUUUUCAACGACCAAUACUGAUUCUGAGAGCAGGUUGACCACAGGCUGAUACACUGUGCUGAUAUCACACUGUAUGUAUGUAUUUUUAUUUUUUUUUUGCUUGUUUUUUCCUUGCAUUUGACAAAAAAAUAAUAAUUUAACAAUACUAACAAGUGAAAAACAAAAGUACACUUCACUUGGGGGAACAUUUAAUCAAAGAAAUGAGGAUGGAAUAAUGUUUGGCUCAGUAAAAUAGUCCCAUGAGGAUCUUUUGGAUUUCUGUCCAGCAAUCUUAAAUUGUUAUUCUACGCAGCAUAACCGGAUUUAAAUUAAAACCUGAACAAGUGACAGUUUUGUAUUUGAUAUGCUGCAAAUGGGUGAUGAUAAGAAUGAUUUUUUUUCAAUUUAAAAAAAGAUAAUGGUGAUAUUGGACUUGUGAGGGCUGAUGCUGAUAUGAUGCAGAGGAAUUUUCAGGGUCCUGCAUGUGUUUGAAUUGGCUGAGAGGUUCACUACAUUUUUAAGAUACUCAAUCAGGACACACAAAUGUUUUUAAUUGUCUGUGUUAACUAUUUAGAUGUUGUGCAGGUAUUGGAAGUCAUAAAUAAUGCAUAAAUAUGUGUAAUCAGCUUAAGUCUUGGCUGUAUGAUAAAUCUGUUCAUGUCACCUUGGCCUUAUUUUGGAGCCCUGCUAUUCAAAAGCACCAGAGGCGCACAAAGCAGAUCUGGGAUCAGUUCUCUUUUCCUGUCUUUUUACCUGAGUGGUCUCAAUGUGUGAUCCAUAGCUGUUCCAGGGUCAGAGAGUACACUGAGUUUGGAAGUUUUUUCCCCUGCUGACUCAUGGUUCUGGAGCCUCUGGAAACGGCUGCCUGGACUGCCAAAAUUUUGGCUUUGCCCUUUUUUUUCUGUGAGCUGUGGGUCCUGUCUGUGUGAGUGUGCACAUGAAGUGUGCUCAGCUGUGGCUGCGCAUUUUGGACAUGUUGGCAUUUGUUUAAUGCUACUUGUACGAGUGUGUGUGUGUGUGUGUGUGUGUAUGAGAGACAGACAGAGAGAGAGAGAAAGAGAGAGAAAGAGAUUAGGGUGUGGUAAGGGUGCUCUCUGCCAGUUGGAAGUGUCCUGCUUGCCUGAACUGAACUCAUAACUUGUAAGCAGCAGUCAUUUGAAGAUGGCCUGUGUUUCAAUAUUCUGUUCCUUUUAGGUUUUUCUGUCUAACCGAAAGGAAUUUCCCAAUAGCCGUAACCUAAUCUUGUGUUCAUAGACCUCCAUGCCAACUGCUGGAUGCCAUAAUCAAAUUGUGUUUAGGAGUGAAAGAAAAAGAGAGGGGGAAGAACAAUCACAUUUCCUCAUCCGUUCCUCCACUCCUCCAAACAGUUUAACCAGUCAUACAUAAUUGGUAGAUUUAAUGGAGAUAUCAGACCUAAAGCUGGCUAAGUCUGUACCCCCUCCCCUCUUUUGGUUUUUACCCUGUUUUAGAGCAUGACUGCUGGGUAACCCAACUUCAAGCCCCAGGCUUUUUGUGCGAUAUGCCCCAUUUCCUUCCUGUUAUGUGUUUCAUAAGUCACACAAGAACUCAAAUGUAUUUUAGAAGACAAAAGAUCACAUUUUGGGAGUUUAUGUGUACAUUGUGUCAUUUAAGGUUCCUAUAAAUAGACCAUUGUGAUUAAAGUUAUGUAUAUAUAUUAGUUGUUUUGCAGGGUUUGAGAAAUCAGUCAUGUCUUUUGUUCUGAUCUUUACCAAAGGCGCAAACGUGUUAAUUGUGUCCACUAUUCUUUCUCUAUCAGCCCUAAACCGAAGACGGAGGCCAUGGUACGCUCACCUCCCGUCAUGUCCCCCUCCACUGCCACCCAGAUGGACUCUAAAAUGCCCAAUCAAAGUAAACCAGGGAGCACUGGCAGCCAAUCACAGCCCUCACCCUGCGAUGCCAAGACCCUGGGUACCAAAGGGGCUCAAAAUGUGGCAGGGGGCAUGGGGCUAAAGAACGGGCAGGGUCUAAGCUCCGGUCCGAGCUCGAAAGUUAAAGUCAAAAGGGAGAGAAGCACCUCAGUGGAGUCGUUUGAACAACCAGAGGGAGGCACACCCACCAGUGAGGAAAAAGGUAAGAACUUCCUGGGACAUCUUCUUUAUACCAACUCAUCUGUUGUCCAGCUGGAGGCUGAAAGCAUCUUUGUAAAGUGUUACGCUCAGUCUUAGAUUUAUUGAUACAGGUCUGUGUUGUUUCCGAUGUAAACCAGCACUAAAAAUCAGUUCAACUUCGGUAUUAAAUAUCCAUUUCUGUGACGGUUUUCAGAUACUGCUUUGGCAAAGCUGUGGGGUUAUACUUCUCCCCUGAAGGUCUGCCCUUUUGGCAUGAAAUGCAUUGGAGCGCUGAUUAUAGAAAAGACAGUGUCAUGUCUGAAAUGGUUGUGCUUCAUAUUCAUAUGAACAAUUUUUAGUCCAGCAAGUAACAAUAAAUAUUUAGACUAAACUGAUGGCAAAUUGUGCACAAAUUCUACCUCAUUACGUCCCAUUGGUCAUUUAAUUUUGUAGUUAUCCUCUGCAUAACUUUAUUAUUCCAUGGCUGAGUUAAAUACUUGAUACUGAUUGACCACAACAUAGUUACAUCCCAUAGCAACGGUCUGUUAUUGCUUGACAACAGACUGUUGCUAUGAAGAAUAGAUUCAUGGCUCUCUGUUGUAGACUGUUACAUCUGAUGCAGUUUUUCUUUUUUUUAACUGGUUGCAAAGUGGAAAAUAAAAAAGAAAAACAGCAUAGAAAAAUUAGGAGCGGUCAUCAACAAGAACCUAAAAGACCUUGACAGAAAAGUCUACAAAACUGAAGAUGGCACAUGAGGCAGACACUCAGUAAAAUGGUAUACAGCGGUGUUUGAGGACUGAUUGAUUGAAGAGUAAUGUGACAGACUCUGACAGAGACGAGACACAAAAACAUAACCAGGUGUGGCACUGAAUCUUGCGUUCCUGUCUUCCUUGUUUUACUUCACCAUCAGUUGAAAUGUUAAGUAAUUACAGCGAGGUGUUCUCAUUUCAAGGAGGCGACACAGUUAAGUGCUACUGUAAACGCAGAUGAAAUAUCCCCGUUCUCAUAUCAAUAAAAUCUUUUCAGAACAUUUAUUGAAUAGUCAUUGAUUUAUUAAGUAAGUGGGACAAUGUAAAAUGAAUGGGAUGUAUUUGCUGGGGUACAUCUUAAAGGUGAGAUGGGAACCUUUUGCCCGGCUCGUGGGUCCUUGUCAUCCUGGGGUUCAUAUCCACGAUAACAACCUACUCACUUUACAUUAUCCCUUACUCAGCAGUGUGCUGUGUGGAUCCUUUUAUAGCCCCUGGAGUAUCCUACAUAAUCCGUUCAAAAAGUCAAAUAUGAAGUUUAUGGAGUUCUUGGUAGAAAUGAACAAUUGUAAAAUGCUUGACUAAGGUACCUUAAGAGACAGGUAAAAUAAAUCCCCCCAAAAAGAAUGAUUUUUUUUUCUCAAAGUGUGUCUGAAAAAUAUUCUUUUCAGUCCCUCUCUUGUCACUCACUGUGAGUGUUUGUGUGUGCAGACAGCAGCAGGGUGAAGAGGAUGUGCGUGGCAGAGAGGAGGCAGCCGUACAGUGGAGCUGACUGGUGCUCUGGGGGUGAAAGUGACGAAGAUGACAAAGGAUUCUUCAGUAAGUGUGUUAACGCGGGCAUCCAAGCAUGUGUAGCAGCCCCUCCGUCGAUCAUCUUGGUUUAUGACAGCUCUGCAGUUGAACUACAAUACCCAUAAGCUUGCACUACUCCUAAAACAGCGCAUUCCCCUCUUGUUUUCCAAUAGACUGUAACUCCAGUGAUGUGAAGCCCCAGGAUUCUGUCACACAUUCUACCUCCAACGCUGGACUCAGCCGCUCCUCCACGCCCUCUCACAAUACGCUGGGAGGCCAGGGCUCCACCACAGAACCAGCUAGUGGCCAGAAACCAGGCUCAAAACUUGUUUAUGUCUUCACAACUGAGAUGGCCAACAAGUAAGGAAGCUAACAUUUAAGAGUUUAUAAAUGGUACCCCUUUGACAACAUUUUGCAUCUAGUAACAUUUUUAGUUUUGAUUACUUGGCUGAUCUUUGCAGUUUUAAAUUUCAGUGUCUUUAGACAAGCUAAUCAGUUUAAUUACUACAUAUUUAAAUCUCCUCACUCAGACUCAGUUUUACAAAGGUAACAUACAUUCUUUCUGUGGGAGCACUUUAAUAUUCAGUAGAUUUACUUACAAUGUCCAUUUCUCUUUCCCUGCGCCCCUGUCAUAAGUGAUGGUUGUUGUCUUUAAUGUUUGUUGAAGUUGUUAAUGUGUAUGGUUCUGAGACACUUGCAUCCCACCCUUUCUCUUCCUUCCCCAAACUAUUCCAGUUAUGGUCUGAAUCCAUUGUGUGUAGCUGCACAGGCGUGUGUGUUUCACAGUGGGAGCACAAACUUGGCUUAGAUUUACACUCUGUUGGGAAUUAGAGAUCAAAGAUGUGGAAGGUGUGUGUGCGCGUGUGUGGGUGCAAUAGUUUACUUAGACUAUUGACCUUGGAUUUACCUUCAUGGUCCCAUCUAGUACCCAUUCAUCCAGCUCAUGGUUUCACACACAAACACAAACACACACACACACAUUUAUUGUGUCUGAUGACUGAUAUCUGACUGUCUGCCUUCUUGUCCUCAGGGCAGCUGAUGCGGUUCUAACUGGCCACACAGAAAACAUCAUUGCCUUCCACAUGAAAAACAUCUCCAACAGCAAGGACAAAGCUCACCUCCUCCUGGUAAAUACAAAUAAAGGCCCCCUUUUCCUGUCAUCUCUCACGAAGAAGUCAUUGCUAAAUCCUGUUUCUCUGUGUUUCAGAACAAUACAGCAAGCGCCCUUCGAAAUGACUCCAAGCCUCCCCAGCAGCCUUCAUCCCAUGCCCAGGAUCAGAGUCACCAGCCUGGAUCCAAGCCGUCCUUGCCUGGCAUGGCAGAGCCAGCACCAAACCAGUCUUCAAACCAAGGGGGGCAGGCUGGUGUUCUUCCCCAGGAGGGGUCAUCCUCUGCAGGCAUGGAAUCCAAAAAUCUUCCUGGCAGUAGCCCCAGUAACACGAAUGCCCCAGUUGACCAGGCCCCUGUUACCCAGCCUGAGGCGGGCCUCAACCCUCCAACAGCAGGUGAAGGAGGGCAGGCUGGAGGCUCUGGUGGAGCAGGUCUGACACCACAGCAGCAGCAACAACAGCAGCAACUGGCCCAGGAACUGUUGAACAUGGAGGCCAACACAGAGGGUUUAUCCCAGGAACAGUUAGAGCAUCGCCAGCGCUCCCUGCAGACCCUGCGAGAUAUCCAGCGCAUGCUUUUCCCUGAUGACCGUGAUGCGCCACCAACAGGGCCCCCGCAGUCUCACGGUGGACCCCAUGAUGGAGGUCCUGAUGGUGCACCACGAAGGUCUGAGCAGGGACCUCUCCAAGCUAUGAUGGCACAGUCUCAGAGUCUCGGACCACCUGGUGGGCCAGUAGGACCUCGUCCACAAGGUCCACCCUUUGGCCCACCUCAUGGCCCGAGGGACAUGCCCCCAUUUCCACAAGAUGAAAUGGGUGCACACAUGGGGGGCCCUGGGGGCUGUGGAGAUGGAGAUCAGAUGACUCCAGAACAGGUGGCGUGGUUGAAGCUACAACAGGAGUUUUAUGAAGAGAAGAGGAAGAAGCAGGAGUUGCAACACCGACCUCUUCCUCCAGACAUGAUGAUGCACCCCCAUGGGCCACGUGGCAUGAUGCGAGGGCCCCCGCCUCCCUACCAGAUGGGCCCAGGGGAGAUAUGGGGAGGGCCAGGUGGUCCACCAGAGCCCUACCAGGAGCGCAUGGGCAUGGGUCCUGGCCCCAGAGGAAUGCCCCCACAUAUGCAGAGGAUGCCUGGUUUCUCUGGUAUGAUGAAUCCCGAGAUGGAGGGACCUCCAAGGCCUGGUAUGGGCUGGCCAGAUGAUAUGCCACCCAGAAUGGGAGAUGCACGAGGCUUUCCAGGAGGGCCUGGGGGGAUGUUUGCUGGUCCAGGGGGUCGUGGCGAGCGUUUCCCAAACCCUCAGUCAGUCCAAGAGGCAAUGUUUCACCAAGGUAUGGGUGGAGACAAGGGCCUCCCUCCUGGAAUGAUGAUGGACAUGCAAAGGAUGAUGGGUCACCAAAGAGGAGGAAUGGAACCUGGUAAUGGCAUGGGUAUUUUUCCCAGAAUGCCUGGAGAUGGGCCUAUGAGUCCCUCUUCUAGGCUCCAGGGAAUGGGGGGCAGGGAAAUGGGCCCUGAGUUUGGCAUGGGGCCUGGACCUGGACCAGGGCCUCAUAUGCACCCUUCCAAACUACGAGAUGCCCCCAUGAAUAUGAGUCCUGAUGAGAUGAUGAGAAUGAGAGGCGGUGGAGGACCUCCAAUGGAGAGCAUGGGUCCUCAGGGCAGACCCAUGCAGGGCCCUCCCUUCCCUGAGCAGGGACAACCUGGAGACUUUCCCAUGGGGCCUGGGAGGCCCUUCCCAGGGGGUCCUGGUGGAAUGAGGGGUCCACAUGCAGACCCAGCCUUUGGUCCAGAGCACAGAUCUACACCAACAGGAGGUAAUGGCCGUAUGAACCACCUCCCUCCUGCAGGCGGCCCUUCACAAGGUCAGAGGGGACGCAAACCAGCAGAUCUGAAUGUCCAGGCAGGAGGGGGGAACUCUCCCAGCGUCAAUCCACUAAAGUCACCUCCUCUGAGGCAAGUGCAGUCUCCCAUGAUGGGCUCUCCUUCUGGAAACCUUAAAUCCCCACAGACACCGUCCCAGCUGGCUGGCAUGCUCACUGGUCCCACAGGUCCAAGCGCCCCUCCAGCUCCUCCAUCUUCAGCACCAAUGAAGUCCCCCCACUCCAUGAUGGGCUCAGCUGGUGCCUCUCCGGUUCAUAUGAGGUCUCCUUCUCUUCCUAAUCCUUCUCCAGGAUGGGCUUCCUCUCCAAAACCACCAAUGCAGAGUCCUGGAGUUCCACCUCAGGGUGGCAAGCCUCCCCUCAGUAUAACCUCACCCAACAUGAUGGGGGGCAUGGAGCAAGGUACAUUUCUGUCUGUGUAAAUCUGUCUUUGUCUGCCUCUGUCCUUGAUUCUCUGCUUAAUACUUCACUCCUUAUCAUUUAAACUUCAUCUUUACUACGCUCUUAAAUGAAAUCUUUCUUUCCUCCCUGAGUGGUUUUUCUUUGAAUAUUUUUGGGCUUUGUUUUAGUCACUGAUCCCGUUGAUGUCUGACUGUGUCCCUUGUAUACUCUAAAAUCAGUUCGAUAUCAAAACAAAUAAUUUUAAGUCAAUAAAAGAGCAGAAAAUGUUAUCUUUAAAAAACAACUCAUCUGUUUGAGGGGUGGGGUUGGGUUGGUAAUGGUCCAGUGGCUCCCUCUUGUGGCAGCUGGAUUUGGAUCUCUUAAAUCUGUGACUGCCACACUGUUGCUGGUAUCAUCACAAAAAAGUCUGCACUAUAUUAAAAGUCUUUUCUUCUACGUGUCAACAUCUCAGUUUUAUGUCAUCUCUCUCUCAUCGUGUCAUCUUCCAGGUGGUAAUGGUCCUCCCUCAGCCCCUCCUUCAUCAGGAGCUCCAUCUGGCUCCAUGUCCCACCCAGGCAACGUCCCGUCUGGCAGUCCAUACACCAUCCCCCCUGAGCCAACUCUCUCCCAGAAUCCUCUCUCCAUCAUGAUGUCACGCAUGUCCAAGUUUGCAAUGCCCAGCUCCACCCCACUCUACCAUGAUGCCAUUAAGACUGUCGCCAGCUCUGAUGAUGACUCGCCCCCGGCCCGCUCUCCAAACCUGCCAUCAGCGAACAACAAUGGUGAGACACUUUCAGAGACUUUGUGUGUAGUAGUGUGAUUUGUAUUCUAGGAUCCUCCUUUGAUCCUGUUUUUUUUUUUUUCAACUUGAUGCCUGUGAUAUGCUGCGCCCAUUACUUAACCGAUGUCAUCAUCACCUCUUCUGUUUGUUCCACAGGUAUGGCAAUGAACCACCAAGGAAAUCCUCGUAUGAUGGGACCGGGAAACCCAGGACCCAUGUCUGCCCUCAGCCCUCUAGGGAUGAAUCCGAUGGGGUCCCAGCCCCUCUCCCAUGGCAUGCCUCCACAGAUGCCCUCUCCCAAUGCUCCAAACAUGGGUCCAGGCAUGAUGCCCCAUGGCAUGAUGAUACCACCAAAUCCCCAAGACCCCGGUAUGGGAAACCCUCAAAUGAUGCCCCAGGGACGCAUGGGUUACCCUCAUCGAGGCCAAGCAUACCCCCUCACCCAGUCCCCCUCCCAGCAAGGACCUUUCUCCCCGCACAACGGUCCUGGUCCCCAAGGCUUCCCCGGACAUCCGAUGGGCUUCCAGGGAGAGGGAGGGCCUAUGGGGGGACGGAUGGGGAACAUGCCCCAUGGAGGUGGGGGUGAUGGGGGUAUGUGCAAGCCUAAUACUCCAGGAGGGCCAGAGUUUAACAACAUGCAAGGUGGAUUCAGUGAAGCAGACCUUCAUGAGGUGAUGCGGCCGGGAGCAUCCGGCAUUCCUGAGUUUGACCUGUCCAGGAUAAUCCCGUCAGAGAAGCCCAGCCAGACUCUGUCAUAUUUCCCCCGAGGUGGAGGAGAUAACCCCGGGGGGAAACCGCCACACCCUUCUGGCUUCCCCAUGCAGGGCAUGAUGGGCGACGGUCCGCCUAGAAUGGGGAUGUCCAUGCAGGGGAUGGGGGGAAUGCCUGGGGGACCUGGUGGGGGAAUGGGCCCCCAAGACAUGCCAAUGGGCAACCCUGGCCACAACUCCAUGCGGCCACCAGGAUUCAUGGGCCAAGGAAUGAUGGGCCCCCAGCACCGGAUGAUGUCCCCUGGGGGUCCGGGAGGGAUGAUGCAGGGGAGACAAAUGUCCCACCCAGGCCCUGGCGGCUCACCUAACAUGAUGAUGUCACUGCAGGGCAUGGGCGGCCCCCCUCAGCAGACAAUGAUGAUGGGGGGUCAGAUGAGGCCUCGUGACAUGGACAUGGGGUUCAGUCCGGGCCCUGGAAUGUUCUAAUCCAACAGAAACCUUGUAUCUAGAAUGUUCUUGGACAGUAUGGUGGAUGGAGUUAAGGUCACAGUGUGUGGAGACAAAACUCUUGGUGGACUUUAACAAAGGAAGUAUAAUACUAGAAGAGGAUGUACACAGAAAUAAACAAAACGGAGCUUACCAGUCACCUAGUAAUGUCCUGUGGGAACUAUUCCAGUGGAGACUCGGACUGGCCCAGAUCAGAGUACUUUUUGCCACAAGAACAUGAAAUUUUGACUCAUGAACUUCAGAAUGUAUGGGAUUGUUGUGCAUCAUUUUUUUGCAAAAAAAAACAAAAAAAAAAAACUGUUCUUGUGUUUUUUGAUUAUCUGACUGUAAAGAUGACUUCAACAUCAAAGAGGAAUCAACCUAACAAGUCAGCGUGGAGAUGCUACAGUAUAUGUCUACGUUUUUCAAAUUAAAAAAAAACAAAAAUUGUCACAAAAGUGGUGUGGAACAAGAGAAAGGAAUAAGAAUUUGUGCUUUGUGAAGACUUUAGUGGAACUCCAUCUUGUCUCUCGCUCCAUCGUUUUGACUGUUUCUGUACAGUAUAUACGUGUGAGAGUGCGUGUGCGUGCUUGACAGACUGUAUGUUUGUGUGGUACGUAUGUAUGUGUCUGUAUGUAUAGGCAUUCUAUCAGUGACCUCUCAACUCCUCUUACCCAACUUUCAUUGGGGGAGGAAUGCCCCCUAAAAAUACUGUACUGUUUACCAUUGGUGGGCUAUUCGAAUUUUAGUCUAUUUUAAUUUCCUUUGUAACUCCAGUGUAUAACAAACCAAACUAUGACCUCAUUAAGAUAAUAGUAUUAUUAAAAAAGCACAAACAUGGACCGUCUGCCGAAAGCGUCUUCUUUCUCUAUUUUUACCAUUGAGAGCAACACAUCAAGUGUGAGGAUCCUACUUUCAGGACUCGACUUUCGCUAGCGUGAAUAGUACUGCUAAUACCCAGAUGUGCUAUGUGUGUUCUUCUUGUUCCUGUUGUGUUCCUGUUUUGUUUUGACUCUCUUGUUGACUCUGGGUAAUAAUCAUUCCCACAGCAAUAAUCCCCAAAGGUCAGCAGAAUGCGACAGGAGUGGCACAGCAGGUAUGCCAGGUGUUAUAGAACUAGAGAUAGGUAGAUCUGGUAAAAUUUAGCGAGGCAGGUGUGGUGUCCAAAGUGAGACACAGAAAUGUAAACACGUACUGCUUACCAUCCAGUUGACUUCCUCUCUUUUCUCUAUUGUAUAAGCUUGUCAUGUGUUUCUCCAUUGGCUUUGGUGCAAAAAUAGCCUACCAGGGCUGUGGUGAUGGACUACAAAUAAAAGAUAUUGUUUUGGUAUA